CUCAACUGUUGCUCCUCCUCUGCUUUUUAGUAACCUGAAUAAAGAAGAAAACUAUCACUCUAUUCACACAAAACUGAUUUACAGAGUUUUGUUGUCUGGCUAUCUCAGUUUUCAGGCCUGUUGCACACAUUCUUAAAUAGCUGUGCUGGUGAAGAGGAAAAGAAGGAUUGUCAUAAAUGCCAGCUUGAGGACCAUGAGAUUGUGGUUCCCACCAGUAUUGUGCACCUAAACACUCCAGAGCAGAAUGGGCAGUUGGCCAAGUAAAGACCAGUGCAGAUCCAUCAGACAUGCUGGCCCCCUGAGCCCGGAAGAGAGUACCGGUCCAAGUUCCCAGGAUGAUGGAAGAUGUGUGGUGGUUUCACUAUACGACUAUCCAUCGAGAGGUCCAGGUGACUGCGACAUCAGAGUGGGGGAGAGACUCAACAUUUUGUCAGAUGAGGGAGAGUGGUGGAAAGUAAGCUCUUCAGCUACAGGAAAUGAAAGCUACAUCCCGAGCAAUUACACAGCCAAAGUGUACAACGGGUGGCAGUUUGUAGGUCUCAGCAAACAGAAAGCAGAGGAACUUUUGCUGCUCCCCCAUAAUCAGCCCGGCUCUUUUCUAAUCAGAGAGAGUGAGACCUUUCCAGGAAACCACACACUGUCAUUGCGCAAGAGCAGCUCACAGGAACGUGCAUCUGUCAAACACUACCGGAUCAGCUCCAUCGAGAAUGGCUGGGUCUACAUCUCUCCCAGACUCACCUUCCGAACCCUCUCAGACAUGGUCGCACACUAUUCAGAAGUAUCGGACGGGCUGUGCUGUACUCUCGGGGAGCCCUGCUUCAUCAUUGGAACCAACAAUGUUCCCGUGGUAACCGGUCUGCCUCCUUUAGCUCUGAAGAGACCCACUAUAAAUUGGAAAGAUGUGACCAGCUCAAUGAUCUUCGGACACAGCAAAGAUGACACAGAGGACUCUCUAGUGAGCGAAGGACUAAAGGAGGCCAUUAACUCUUACCUAUACAUGACAGAUAAAUGUGAGGACAGUCAGAACUGGGAUACAUGAGUGGACAAAUGGGGCAGAAGAUUGAAUGCUUGUGAAGUAAAGUCUCAUUUUAGUCCGUUUGAGUCUUUGUGAUGAGGAAUAAGUGUUUGAAUGACUUUGAUCAAAGCUUGGACUCUUGAUGCUGUUUUCUGGCAUACAAACACCAACACACAUACUAUAGAAACGGACCCAAAAAAGAUCUCCAUUUCAGAUCUACACUUGUCUCGAAUACAUCGAUGCAUCCAUUUGCAUUUUUGUACUGAAUCGAGGAUACACAAUAUCUGUUUGACAGCGAAAGCGGCAUCGAAUGAAGAUCCAAGCAUUCUGAGUCAUUACUGUUCUUCCAGAGUGGGUGCUGGAAAUAAGAUGUCACAGUUUCCUGUGCAGACUCGUUCCUGGCGGACAUGAAAGAGAAAAGAAUGAAGGAAAAAAUGAUAGAGGAGUGUUUGAGUGGGAGGGGGAACACAGCUGUGUGAUGUGUGGAUCCACUCCUCUCGUACUUUCUGGAUCUUAUUUAGUGAGACAUGUAUUACUGUACACUUAAAUCAAAUGUCAUCAUUUACUCACCCUCAUGUUCUUUCCAAACCUGUAUGACCCAUAUGGAGAUCUCAGCCAUAAUGUUAGGGACAGCCUCAGUCACUAUUUACUUUCAUUGCAUCUUUUUUCAAACAAUGAAAGUGGAUGGUGACUGAGUGAAAUGUUUAAGUUCCAUUUUGGGGGGAACAAUCCAUUUAAGAUCAAGACAUCAAGAAACGUUUGAUGUGUAAAUUAUUAGGAUGUAAAAUCCUGAUGAAAAUACCAAGAAAUACAUAUUUAUAAAUUACAACAGGAUUGUAAUGUUGUACACAUAUCUGUAAAUACUGUAUAUACAGUAGAAACAGCCAUCCGUUUUGUGCAAUUUUAAUAAACUUGACAGAAAGACAAGGGCAUCACUGUAUUUGUACUGUUUGACAAAAGAGUAUCUUGAAUGAGGUAUUUCCUGUCUUUGUACCUAUUGUCUUGUUUAUCUGAAGCCAAAAGUAGUGCUGAGCUGCAGGAAAUGGUGAAGGUUGGCACUCUGAAAGCCUGUACGUUUGUGCAUGCCUGUAUGUGGUUUGUUCGAAAGUUUAUCUUGCAGCUCAAGUGCUCUUUUAAAGUUUUAUAAAGCGUUUUUGAUGUGAAC